AUGGGCGCGAGUGUGCCCGGUGAAAUAUGUGAGCAUUAUGUAUCGAGUCGCGGGCGGACUACACUCCUGGUGCACCAUACAUCAUUGUAUGUACUAUAUAGUACCGCUACGUACACACCCGUAUUUAGGGCUCGUAAACAAAACUGUGACGCGACGUCGCAUCGCAAAAUGUGCGAGCUCCCUCUACGCAUCGCAAGAACUUGCGAAUUGAGUCGCAUGCGCAUCUUAUGUUCCCAAAAUCUUAUUUGUUUCUUUUCCCCGUAUCUCCUAAGCAAUAACAGAAGAGCACUCUUCUCUUUACGAUCCAUAUCACGAACUAGCUUUCAACUUAAAAUAAGUUUAGUACGGUUGACGGUCGUCGAAGGAAUGGUCAGAAGGGAGAAGCCUUGUCGCACGAAAUCGCAUCGCAUCGCAGUUUUGUGUACGAGCCCUUACUGGUUGAAGCCUAAGUUUGCUUCAAGUAAAAUAUACAACUCGAUUUGUUUUCUUACAGUGACGCAUGAGUGUGGCCCAGCCGAGUAUGAUUCAUUGCCCUUGUGGUUGAUUGUGGUUAUAUACCUAUGUAAUAAAUGUUCAGAUUCCUUUACAAAAAUAUUGAGUAACAUUGGUUGA